ACCAUAAAAAAUAGUAACACAAACCAACAAAAAACAGUCUUGAACCUUAGCAAGAAACACAUCCAUGGCUUCCAUCAAGCCAUUUUCACCACUUUUUUCUCCAAUAAACCAGGCAAUUCCUUCAUUAAAUCCAUCAUUUUUCUUCAAACCCAUCUCCGACUUCUCAUUUUGUUCGCAAUUUAGUCGAGAAAGAGGCCAAGUUGCAGCCUCGGUAGCAUUCAAUCCAAGUGGCAAUUUUGACCUCUCGUUGUAUGAUGAACAAUCUGAUGUAGAACCCGCACCUCCGCCCAUGCCUCCAAAAGAAGGUAGAUACGAAGUAGUGAUCAACAAUGACACGAUUCGUCGUCUAGAUUUGUCUCCAUUUUCUGACGCCACUGGAGUUACAACAACUUCAUCUGUGAACCCAAGGGAUUUUCUGGAUCGGACGAUUGGAUUCACGGUUAAUUAUGAAAGAGAAGAUGAACAUGAUCCUCGAGAAUUAUCUGAAUUCCCUGACAUAAGAUUAUGGUUUGUUAGACUGGAUGCUACAUAUCCAUGGCUUCCGGUCCUAUUGGAUUGGCGAGCUGGAGAACUCGCACGCUAUGCAGCCAUGUUAGUUCCUCACCAGAUGAGUAUGAGAAUGGGUGUGGUGUUCAAUCCAGAGGCACUAGAAUUGUUCAUAAUGAAGAAAGUAUUCAUAACAUACUCUUGGUUGAAAGAAAAUGAUAUCCCAAAGCCUAGAUUAAAGGUUAAAGACAUGGCAAGAAUGCUUGGAUUUGGAAUUGGAGACGAAUUGUUUGAUAUGAUUGAUAACAAUCCUAAUUUAUCGCCUUAAGUUUGAUUUCGAUAGAAAGUUUUGAUGUCGUUUCUACCUUGGUAACCCGAUGAUGGAAUUAAUGUAGUCGUUAAAAAUCAAAUGGCUUAAUAAACGAAUUGAAGUAGCAACCCUUUAUUUUUUCUAA